CUUCAGGUUGGGCUCCUUCCAGCCUUCCUGCAGGCGGCUGACCAUUACCCUUGUCCCCUGUCCUCAGGACAAACACCAGAGCUUUUUGAUGCCUUCAUCUGCUACUGCCCCAAUGAUAUUGAGUUUGUGCAGGAGAUGAUCAGGCAGCUAGAACAGACAGACUAUCGGCUGAAGCUGUGUGUGUCCGACCGAGACGUCCUGCCAGGCACCUGUGUCUGGUCCAUUGCCAGUGAGCUCAUUGAGAAAAGGUGUCGCCGGAUGGUGGUGGUUGUUUCUGAUGAUUACUUACAGAGCAAGGAGUGCGAUUUCCAGACCAAGUUUGCUCUCAGCCUCUCUCCAGGUGUCCAACAGAAGCGGCUGAUUCCGAUCAAAUACAAGGCGAUGAAGAAGGACUUCCCCAGUAUCCUGCGGUUCAUCACUAUCUGUGACUAUACCAACCCUUGCACCAAGUCCUGGUUCUGGACCCGCCUUGCCAAGGCUUUGUCUCUGCCCUGAAGAUGGCCCCAGGAGCUCUAGGUCUGUCAGCCUGCCCUUGCCUCCUCUGACCCUGUAGGAGGCAAUUUAUGGUCCACUCAUCCCUAGAGGUUCUAGCUGGACUUCCACAGCAUCCAGACUCCAUGUGGACACCCUCCCUCAAGUCCUGGAUGGAAAGAGUGGCUGAAAGUGACUUUAUUGCUUGCUGGGUUGUCAGCGAGCACAGUGAUUACCAGGGUCAGAUGAGUCUAAGUAGAGGACCAGCUAAGUUACAUCCGAGCCAUCUUUGGCCUCAGUUUCUCCACCUGAGGAACAGGAUGUGGAGAUUGGACAGGAACAUGGGAAGACAUUGUUCUGGCUGAAGGAGAGCUGGUUAUUAUGGGACCACAGGACGACUUCCUCCUGUCUCCUGUCCGCCUCACUUUCCUGUCCCUCCUUUUACAGGGCAAUGCGGAGGUGAGCUGACUUUGACCCGGAUUCUCUGAAACUGUCCUAUCUGUAUCUCUAACCCCCUCAGUCUCAGUCCCACCUUCGGUGGUCACUGGUCUGGGUAACUGGGGUUGCUUUUCUCUCCCAUGUAGCCGUGCCUGUGCACGUAUUUCAGUUUUGCCUUGCUUGAAGAGGAUCCUGUCCUCUGACAUGCCUGUCACUUAUAGUGGCCCCAGCAGGGCCACCAGGAUGAUGUCAUCAGGGAAUCUUCCUCUCUGGCCCACCAACACCGAGACUUUCUACCAACUUUCUGCACCUCCAUUACCUACUUGGUUAACAAGCAGCAAAUACAAAAAACGUGCUUUCCCCAGUGCUUGGAGUCUUGUUCAUGAAGAUGUGUGUAAAUACACUACACACUUGCUCCUUUACACACAGAGACAUCUGCAUACAUGUGUUUACUUUGGGACAGCUCCCAAGAGUGGCUGAGUGGAAGAGUUCCACCGUCAAGGAGGCCUGGCCAUUUCCCUGGACAAAAAUGGGGUGUCUUUACUACAGGUGGCGCAUGCCUACAAUUCCAGCAUUUGUGAGGUAGGGGCAGGAAAAUCAGGGGUUCAAGGCUCGCCUUGGCUACACACCAAGUUUAAAGGCCAGCCUGGACUACAUAGCAGUCUCUCUCUCUCUCUCUCUCUCUCUCUCUCUCUCUCUCUCUCUCUCUCUCUCUCUCACACACACACA